GUUUCCCGCCAACUUGCACGCGCAGUGACAGUGAAUGAAAAAGUUUUGAGCAGGUUAAUUAAUAACCUUAAUAAACAAACACAAGAAAACCUGGAUUUCUAGCUUAAGGUCUAUGUCAAAUCAACUCUCAAACCAUCAGUGGCUCUGGACGUAGCCAAUGUGACUUAAAAUUAGUGCUAUAAAAGUGACAUAAAUACCAUAAGUGUCAAAAUGGCCGCUCUAAGGACAUUCACCAAGGUUCUGUUGCUGUUCAGCAUACACGAGAUUAGCAGCGAGGACGAGUUUCGCAGCGUGCCAGUGACAGUCAAGACUUAUGAGAAUGAGACUGUUCUGCUGCCGUGUUAUGUGGAAGACGCUGGUGACGUGAAGCUGCGCGUGCGGUGGUACAAAGCGGGCGCAUUGCUAGGCGACAGCGCGGAUGCGCAUACGCUCCUGCCGCCACGAGUGAGGAUGCACGCCAACUACAGCCUGCAGCUCGACCGCCUCGGUGCUAAGGACUCAGCUGAUUAUACCUGCGAGGUGCUGCGGCCAGAACCGUGGGGGCCGAUCAGACAGACACAUACUGUGGAAGUGCAGUACUCGCCAACAGUGAGGACCAUCCCCGACGAUGGGUUCCUGGAGGUCCGCAAAGGGGAGUAUGUGGACAUCGGCUGCGACACCACCGGGACUCCUCCUCCGGUCGUGGAUUGGAGGAAAAACGGCGAGCCAAUGGCGCUGCUAGAACACCGGCAGCGCCUGCGCUUCCGCGCCGAGCACCGGUUGCUGGCGGGCGUCUACGAGUGCGUCGUCAGCAACGGUGUAGGGGACGCCGUGAAGGCUGCCAUCAGGGUUGUGAUCCAUGACGCGCCCGUGGUGUCAGCGGUGCGAAGCUUCGUGCACACCGCGAUAGGGCUCCGCGCCGCGCUGGCCGCACGCUUGGAGUUCGCGGUGCCUCCUGCCAGGACCGCCUGGUAUAGAGACGGCAGGCCGGUGCGGACUGAUGACAGGGUGGUGAUGUUGGUGCAAGACAACAUCCACCAACUGAUCUUCCGAACGGUUCGCGCGGGGGACUUGGGCAACUACACUUUCAGAGCCGAGAACAAGCUGGGCAUGGCCGAUGUGCAGUUCAAGCUUACAGGAGUGCCCAACAUAGCAUCAUUCAAGGUAGACUCCGCGCUGAAUAAAGCUACAUCCACCAGCUUCACCCUCAUUUGGGAAGUGGACUCCUACUCUACGAUUAUCGAAUACAACCUCUGGAUCCGGCCUUACUAUGGCCGCCUGGCCACACCAGAGCCCGAUUCUUUUACCACAGAAGCGCCCGUCAACCGAUGGAGCAGGAUUAUAGUACCGGGAGACGCGCGAGAGGGACCCAUACAUAGUGCGGUGUAUACUGUGAGAGGACUGACGCCCUCUACUGUUUAUGAAGCGAUUGUCACUUCCAGAAACAGAUUUGGUUGGAGUAAACCUUCUGCUGUUUUACAUUUCGCUACGGAACCAGGAGUCGGCAGAACAAUUCCUUCGACUUCUGAGUACACGGACAUAUCGCCGAUGCUCGAAGAAUCGGAACCCGAAGCGCACAACAUUUCCCAGGCGCAAGUUUUCGAACGUAUCAGCGAGCUGUCAAACGCCGGAGCGCGGGAGAACUCGUCUGUCGCCAUUUUGUUGACUGUUAUUUUAUUUUUCCUACAGUUUAGGUAAAAGUUAUGUAUUAAUUUAAGUUUAAGAUGUAAUUUUGGAUACUUUAUUUGUUAAACUAAUGCCCGUUUUCACCAUCAAUCCCUAAUUUUUAAGUGACCCCUAUGUAAACGAAAUUCCUCUUAUUUGUUACCAUAUGGAUCACUUACAAAUUAGGGCUUGAUGGUGAAAACGGGCAUAAGUUUUCUAUUAAUUAGAGUUAUAAGUAUAUUUUUGAUAUCGAUUUUAUUAAUUGUAAAUAUAUUAGUUUGUGAAAUUAGUGAUUAUACUUUAUUAAUUUAUUUUUAACAAUGUUGUUUUAUUGACACUAAAUUUUAUUUCAAAAACUUGAUAUUUAUAUGGAUAUGUCAGUGGUUCAUAAAUAAACAAGUCCUUUUAUUUACGAUUAGGUAUUUAUUUCAUAUGUCAAUACAUUUAUUCAUUUAAACAACCAUUUCUGAAUCGUGCAGUACAUAAUACUGCAGUCGACCUAUUACACAGAUUUGUUACAGUAAACUUUGGUAUUUGUGGUUUUAUUCAUUUAUGCUUAAUA